AUGCCUAAAGGCCGCCCAAGUAUUAAUUUAACCCCGUACCAACUAGAGCUUUGUGCGUUGCACUAUAAGGGCCUAACCUUUAACGAGCUUGCAGCCUACUUGCUUAACUCGUACGGGGUUACUGUUAAUCCUCGUACGUUGAAGAGAAGGUUUCAGAACUGGGGUAGAAAAUAUGUCCGCAAAACUAGAUCGUCGAGCUCUAAACCUAGGUCCGACUUUGGUUCUAAUGCCAAUUCCGACAUUGUUGUCUUGACGAAGCCCUGCCCUGUCAUGACAGCGCCCUCGAUUCAGCCCGAUCCCACAACCAAGAUAUUGCAGAGAUUCCUAGAAAUCUCGCCUCUGUCCGGAGACUACUCUCUCAUCGACGAAUACAUCAACGUCCUCGAUAAGCUAGCCGCUCAAGAUGCUGCGAGUGGUGCACGCAAACGGUCGAUAGACGAGCUCGCGAACGAAGAAGCCACUAUUACGCUCGCUAUUGAAGGCCUUCCCGCCGAAGAGAAGCAGCAUCUUGCCACCAUUGCUCAAGCUUGUGCUAAGGGUAUUCAGGCUGACAUGGCAACUUUGAGCAUAGCUACUGAUAUGUCUGCCAUUCAAGCGGCCAUAGAGACACGCAACAAGGAAGCUGAGGUUUCGCGUCAAAGUGUGCUUGGCAUGAUGACGAAGAGAGCAGAAGAGCUACGUACGCGACGACUGGACGUGCGCCGCAGAAGAGAAGCCGCGUUGGAGGAGUGGAAAGUAAACUCUAACUUUGACACCCUAUCGCUACAGGAGACAAAAGAGCGUUUGGAGAAAGAGGGUGGUAUGGCCAUGGCGGUUGAGCUUGGUAGAAGGAUAGAAAGAUCAGAAAGCGCUGAGGCAAAGAGGAAUUGA